CCGAGAGUACCACGACGUUUUCCUAUCGUCGUUCUCGUACGCCGGCAUCGCACCGAUGCGUGACGUCGAGCACUCCAUUCUGUUCGUGCCUGACUAUCGUGUUCACCACCAGGCACCCUACGGACUCUCGAUCCCCGAGGCCACCGAACUCAAGCGUCAGCUUGAGGAGCUCCUGAGACUGGGUUUCAUUAAACCCAGCAACUCCCCGUGGGGUGCACCCGUCCUCUUUGCUCGCAAAGCGGAUGGAACUCUUCGUCUCUGCAUCGACUACCGCGGCCUCAACCGCUACACGGUUAAGAACAGUUACCCCAUGCCUCGUUCCAAUGAGCUAUUUGAUCGCCUAGCAGGCAACCGCUUCUUUACGAAGAUUGAUCUUCGUAGCGGUUACCAUCAGAUCCGCGUCGCUGCAACCGACCAGCCGAAGACCGCGUUCCGAUCGCGAUUCGGCCACUACGAGUUCACGGUGAUGCCAUUCGGUCUCACCAACGCACCCGCUACCUUCCGGAGGGCGAUGAACGACAUCUUCAGGGACAUCUCGGAGCAGUACGUUCUCGUCUACCUCGACGAUAUCCUGGUCUAUAGUCGUACCCUUAAGGAACACCUCAGACACCUCCGCGACGUCCUUGACCGCUUGCGCAGACAUGGCUUCUACGCCAAGCGAAGCAAGUGCCGCUUUGCCCAGCACAAAGUGGAUUUCUUAGGACACUACGUGUCUGACCAGGGUCUCCACAUGGACGACGCGAAGAUCACUGCUAUUGCGGAGUGGCCCGCUCCCACAUCCGCCAAGCAGCUUCGCAGCUUCCUAGGCCUGACCAGCUACUAUAGUAACUUCAUCCGGGGAUACGCUAGGUAUUCCUACGUCCUUACCUCCACCCUCCUUCGGAGAACCCACCCUGGGCUUGGACACCCCUCCACGAGGACGCCUUCAGCGCCCUCAAGAAGGCGGUAACAUGCGCACCGGUUCUUCACCUACCCGAUUUUGACCGCCCUUUUAUCCUUAACACCGAUGCGUCAGACUU